AAGUGAAUGUAUGUUUGUGUCCUCGAUCACGUUGGUCUGUAGUGUCCUCGAUAGAAAAAAAAAUACUGACUAAGCAGUUUGACAGCAAAUGCCAAACGUUUGCUGUCCUGGCUUUUCGCUCCUCUCGGUUAGAAAAGUAUUCGCAGGGUGUCCGGAACUGGUGCAACAUCGACUCCCUUCCGAAGUAGCUGGUGGCGUUGGCUUGUAGAUGAGACGGUAGCCCAGCCCAGCAGCCCGCCUAUUCCCCUCCCUUCCCAGCUCGGUCUCACUAGGUUUGCCUGCAGCAUUCGCGUCCUCGGCCAGGUUUUACUUCAGAGAUGGCUGCGAAAGUGUGUAGGUCGGUUCUCUUCUUGUCCAGGAGCAGUGGAUCGGUGGCAGCCACCUUCCCCGUACUUGGUGUCUCCUCACAACGGCAUCAACACAAAAGAUCGCAGGAGGCGCUGUCUGGCCCCCUCGCCCACCAGACCGUCAGGAGAGCACAUGGCCUGCGGGCUGCCGCCAGAUCUUCCCUCUUCUCUCAUCCACCUACCUCCCUGUCGCCUCAGGGCUGGAAGAGCGCCCCCACAUGGCAGGGUCAGAGAUUGCUAUGUUCCUCUGCUGCUCCAGAAGAGGUGACGGUGCUGUAUCAGAACGGGCUGCCGGUGAUCUCAGUGAACCUGCCGUCGCGGCGCGAGCGCUGCCAGUUCACACUGAAGCCGCUGAGUGACUGCGUGGGCGUCUUCCUCCAGCAGCUGCAGGCCGAGGACCGCGGCAUCGACCGCGUAGCCAUCUACUCCACAGAUGGGGUGAGAGUUGCCUCCUCCACAGGCAUAGAUGUGCUGCUGCUGGAUGACUUCAAGCUGGUCAUCAACGACGCCACAUACCUGGUGCGGCCGCCUAGUAGAGAGCUGCUGGCCCAUGAGCAGGCCGAGAGGCUUAAUGAUGUGAAGUUCCUGGUGCAGCAGCUCUACACUACGCUGCGCAUCGAGGAUCACCAGCUCAGCAAAGAACGCGAGCUGGUUGUACGACUGGAGGACCUCCAAUCCCAGAUCCGCCCACUGGAAAAGGUGAAAGCGGAGCUGAGCAGGAAGGCGGAGCGCCGCACCACCUGGGUGCUGUGGGGUGGCAUGGCCUACAUGGCCACGCAGUUUGGCAUCCUGGCGCGCCUCACCUGGUGGGAGUACUCCUGGGACAUCAUGGAGCCCGUCACCUACUUCAUCACCUACGGCACCGCCAUGGCCAUGUACUCCUACUUUGUGCUCACGCGCCAGGAGUAUGUGUACCCUGAUGCCAGAGACAGACAGUACCUGCUGUUUUUCCAUAGGGGGGCUAAGAGUAAACGCUUUGACAUUGAGAAGUACAACGAACUAAAGGGGGCCAUUGCUGAGGCCGAGUUAGAUCUGAAGCGCUUGAGAGACCCUCUGCAGCUCCAACUCCCUGUCCAGCAGCUCACCUCCAUCAAGGAUUGAUGGAACCAGAGCAUCCUUUCCUCUCCAGCCCUCUUCCCCAUCCCCCCCAUCUUCUCUCUCUUUCUCUCUCUUUUUCUCUCUCUCUCUUUCUAUCUCUCUCCCUCUCUCUGUCCACCCCUCUCCUCUAGUCUUUUUAUUUCUCCCCUUUGCCUUUUUUUAAAUCCCUCGCUCUAUGUUUCUGUCUUCCUCAUUCUGACAGAACCAUCUCUUCUCCUGUUUCUGGGAGGGAUUUUGUUUUCUUUUCCUUUUUAAAAAACUUUUCUGGCUGAAAAUAUUGAUGACAACAACAGCAAGUGUGUAUAGAAGGUUGAAAUCGAGAAGGUGACAAGAGACAAUGGAUUGAUAUCGAUAAGGAUGAAGGUGAACUUCAUGCAGGGGCUUGUUGACAGCCAGGCAGAGAGGUACUGAAAGACCAGCAGCCAAUACCACCUCCCACCAACACCACCCCCGCCUACAGCAAACCUCUGUGGACAACAGGAACUUCCUGCUUCUGGACAGGAAAUGACGCGUACAAAAACAUAUUGCAGCCUCAGAGCCUUCUGGAGGGUAGAUGUGUCUCACAACACAGGGUGACUGAGCAGGGCUCUUGACUGUUCACACACACACACACACACACACACACACACACACACACACACACACACACACAUACACACACUGUGUGGAGUCAGACACAUGGAGCUCCCUCAGCCUGUCAGCAUCCCUGUAGAUGGAGGUGAGAUUCAGGACUCAUCCUAAGAGUCAGUCAACAAGGAUGGACUCCCACCCACUCAUCUUGCCCUCCAUCAUGUGGGACGCACAUCUCACUGAAAGAGCUGCUUUGACCUUCAACUGACCUUUAGCCCGCCGGUAUCUGCCCCGCCAAAUCCACACAACCACCCAGCCUCUCUGGUCAUUUCUCGGUCCCUUCUUGGCUGAGGCUCUGAAACUGUGCUGGCUGCAUUUCAUGGUUCCAGAGCCCCCUGAGCCUUGAUUGACAGCUGCUGGGACGAGUCUGAGCUGCUGCUCUCAGCUUCAAGCUCAGUUCUCUCUCGCCAGUGUGAGACACUACAGCGGCCGACGGAACAUCACUGUGGGUUCUAUUGUUCCAAAAAAAAAGAAAGAAAAAAAACAAAUUCAACAUAAAGAAACAUUUUGGCACUUUUUAUUUUAGAAGCCAUAUUAUAUUUGUUAUGAAAAAAGAGAAACAAUCAAUCAUAAUGAACAGAAAGCUUUUUUCUCUCUUUGUUCCAUCUCACUCUCUCUCGGAGAGAGACUGUCUUGUUUCAGCCCCAUCUUGUCAAUCACAACAUUUCUGUCAGUGCCCACUUCAGCUAUCAGAACUGUGUCAUAUACCUAACCACAUGCCCCCCCACACACACACACACACACACCUGCUAGCUGAUAGAUAACAGUACUCUGUGAGUAGUAUGACUACUCUUGACGCCUGCUUGCCAGUGCCUACUAACCACUCCUGUACAAAUCUAGAGUACAUGUAACAUGCAAAUGGAAUGCGCUAGCGGUGUGAAAGAUGCAGAGCAGGGAUCUCCUCCAGCUUCUCCGCCACACAGCCUCAGCCUGGCCCCAGUCUCCUGCACCACCAUCCCCAGCCCUGUCCACUACCACCACCAUCCCCAGCCCUGUCCACUACCACCACCAUCCCCAGCCCUGUCCACUACCACCACCAUCCCCAGCCCUGUCCACGCCAUCUCUCUCCACAGUGCCUCUCAGUGUGCAGAACACCCCAGUGCGCUGCCUAGGGCUCCCCUGCAUCCAGCUCUGCCACCACCACCCCCCCCCCCCCCCCCCCACACACACACACACACCCACACAUACACUGUCCUGGAGCGCUGCUUUGUACGCAGGACUCUCCAGUUGUGCUUAGGUUCCUCGCCACAGAGUGCAUCGCUGUGCCGCACUCUCUCGCCUUGACAUCUAGUGACGAGAUCAACGCGAGUCUCGACUAUAACGGUGGUAACAAGGACACUAACUGCAAAUUCAGCAUUGCAUCGCAACUCCCCAUCCUCUCACGCAAAAAAGAGUCCUCAAAAUGCCAAGAAUUUUAGUGGGAGGAUCGAGGGCGACAUGUAAAGAAGUCAAGUGGUGAUGUUGGAUGGGGGAACAGAUGUAAUAUAUACAUAGAUCGUAGUUUUAGUGUGUUCUCUCGCACACAUCCAGGCAUGCUGUAGAGCGAGAUUGUUGCAUCUUUUUAGUCUGUGUGUGUAUGUAGGUAUGUAUGUAUGGAUGUUCUGUAUGUGUGUGUGUGUGUGUGUGUGUGUGUGUGAUGUGUUUGUAGAGAGGGCCCGUGUUAGAGGAGCGAGACACGCAUUACCAAUAUCACACAUGGAAACAAUAUCUCGAACCCUGUCAAAUAACCUUGACGUGAUUGUCAUUUCUCGAGCAUAUCCUUAUCAAAUUGAGUAAGGUUGUUUACAUACAAUGGCUCAAGCGAACCCACAAGACCACGUUGGCUAGAGAGACAGUAAUUUAUUAUAUCCUCUGGCCAAAUGUUGAAUGAAUUUCUUCUUCUGUUUUCUUUUCUUUUUUUUUUUUUUAAAGGUGACAUUUUAAAGCUUUACCCUGAGCCUUCUCAUUCAGAAUAGCUACAUAUCCACAUAUCCAACAUAUGCAUCCAAGGAGUGAUUUAGACCUCAAUACGCGCACACGCACACGCACACGCACACGCACACACACACACACACACACACACACACACACACACACACACAAACUUGGCCCUCCAGACUCCAAGGCAAAGCAGACUGCUUGCAUGCACUACUAUAACCCUUAUGAAUUAGAGAUGUGGUGUGGUGUGGGAAGUACAAUGUAAUUGUUGUCAUUAGGACACGUCGCCCUUGUUUACGUUCUCCAUUCAGUCCUCAAUGGGCUGUAGUUUUCUGCAGAAGCUUGAAGCCAUAUCUGUGUUUUGUGUUUCUGUGUGUGUCUAUAGUGGGUCUGUUUAAAAUGCGUCUGGGCCCUGUCUGCUGUUAGCAGGGGAACGGUUGGAUUGUCUGUCAAUCCGUCCGUCCGUCUGUCUUUCUGUCUGUCCUCUCUUCCUCUGUCCGCCGGUCUAUGGAAUGCAGGGUAGGCCCAAAGCUGAGACGGCCAGGUGACAGGUACCCAUGGGCAUCGGGAAGCACAAUCAAAUCACCCGACUCCCCAUGGGCCCUCACACCCCUCUGUUCAGGUGGUGUCCACCUGAACCAUGCCACAGCUAUGAGUGUGUGUCUGUGUCUGUGUCUUUGUGUAUGUUUGUACACACACGUGAUUCAUAUGUGAUUUCACAUGUGUGUACAGGCAUUUUUGGCCUGGACAGACGUUCCCACAGCCACACUUGCUAAGUGGUUAACACCCAAUUUGACACAGCAACUGACUUGGUGUUUAUGAGGUGAACGGUAGCCUCACAGAGGUUGACUGGAAGCUAGUAAAGCUACUGUAGCUAGUAAAUGAUUCUAGGCAGUUCACACAUGUUAAAAUGAACUAGAUUCCAACUGAGAGCCCUGUGGUCUUGUGUUGUAUGGCAAGACACAUGGAGAGGGCAUGUGCAAAAGGGAAAGUGUGUGUGUGUGCGUGCAUUUGUGUGUGAAGCAAAGGGCAAAGUGUAAAUCAAUGAACUAUCCCUCUUCUGAUUGGUCCAGAUCAAUAUCAUCAAUUAUUUUUUUCUCUCUCCAACCUUUAUCAUCUAGGGUCAUGAAUCUCACUCAGACCUUCCGCUGCACACACACACACACACACACACACACACUUACUCACGCUCACAUGUUAAAUUAGAAGGCAAGGCUUGGUCAGCGAUCUAUGAGCCCCUGCAUCUCCAGUUGACCCCUGUGAACCUCCAUUUCUAUCCUGCUCGCCUCUCUCCCCUGUUUCAGGGCUCCACUCUCAUCACCUGUUUUCCAUUGGAUCACUACUCCUUUUGUCUUUUGUUGGUUUUUAAGUUGGUGUUUUGGUCUUUUCUUUCUUUCUUUUUUCUUUUCUUUUUUUUCUACAAAAAUAUAUCAAAUAUAGAGAACUAUUCAAAUGCGGGUGUUGCAUGAAUGUAUGUUUACAUGGGGAAAUUAUAUAAAAAUGACAUUGAGAAAAAAAAAUACAAAGGCAAAAAUUAUUUAUGAGACAUGGACUCUUUGGAUGCAGAGGGCGAGGUUUGGCUGCCGCGCCCCCCUUCCACGAUGUUCGGGUCUGCUGUUGCCAAAGGUGACCUUUGACCCCUCGUCACUUCCUGUCUUCCCUUCUGUCUCCGUUCAACUGUCCUCUAUUCUCCAGUGUGUGACCCAUGUCCUCUAGGGUUCCCAUCCUUCCCUCUCAUAUUGACCCCUGCUCCCUGCCUUCUUUCAGCUACGCAUUGGCCACCAAACCUUAUAGUCACUUGGGGCGACUCAAGCCAAAAGACUUUUCUGCUAAAUGACUUUAAGGCAAAAAUGUAAUGCAGCAGUUAGCCACUUAUAGUCAUCUAAAUGUGUGACGUGGAGCAAGUGCUGGCAGCCUAAAUUGGCUCUUUAAAAAAAAGAAAAAAGUAAACAUGAUACAGUUAUGUCUGCUUGACUUGACAUGGUCUGUGUGUUUUUGGUUUUGUCCCUAUUCAGUUCAGGAUUUAUAGCCAGACAAGCCAUCAUGGAAGGCAGGGAUAGGCCCAAACUUCCCCUCUGUGAGUGUGUGUGUUCAGUGUGUGUGUGUGUGUGUGUUAUGAGAGCAGAGAGAGGGGCUUAUGCUCUCUGCAUGUUUCGGGAAGAGCUCCUGAGUGCACGUCCCCCCCCCCGUCUUUCUCGUUUACCUCACUCACUGACCUCCCUCUCUUCAUCCAUCCAUCCAUCCAUCCAUCCAUCCACCUCUCUUUUGUUUUUCUCCAGCAGUUUCAAGCACUUCAAUUUUUUUUAAACCUGCCACCUUUCUUCUUUCUCAAAUCAAAAUCACAUGUAUUUAGUUUUGGUUGUGUGCAUUUUUAUUUUUUAUUUUUUAUCCUGUUUGUGUGCACUUAGAUUAAACCUAUGUUUAAAAAAAAAGCAAAGAGAGUUAUGCAGGAUCCAUGAUUGAAUGAUCAUUCUAGUUCUUAGGUUUCCCUAUCUCUUUUGUUUCCUCUCAUUGGCAUCGGAUGCUGUAAUGUUGGAAGACUAUAAAAAUGAAAAUGUAAAAUCCUGUAUCAUUUAAGAAAUGUGUAUAAAAGAGAAAUGUAAUUCAGUUAUCAAUAAAAUACUUAUCCAGUUUUGGAAUUCUUGUGUCA